GUGGUGGCGAGUGAGGGGUGUUUUUUUCUUUUCCCUUUAGAGCGGGGGUUUGUAAACUGAAGCCAGAGUGUCCCCGUGGGCCGGGCGCACUUUUUUUCUUGCUACAGUGUGCUCCGAACGGCCUGGUGCCUGAGAGGAAACAGUGGAGGCAGCGGGGCAGGUCACCCCGUGCGUCGGCGAUCAUAUUGCCCAGCAGGCGCGCGCCGGGAGAGGCCGGGCGGACGGCGAGCGCGGGGGCUGGGUGAGGCCCCGCGACUCGCGAGGGAGGCGGCGCGAAGCCGAGGCGGCGGUCCUGAAAUCCUGGCAUAAGCGCCCAGUAGCAGAGCGCCCACGGCUGCCGGGCCUCAGAGGCAACGCGCGUUCGGGCGGGCGGCCCCAGGGGCGCGAGCGGCCGGCCCAGAGGCCCCUGCGGCAGUGCGGCCGCGCCGAGGCGCGCUCCCCGCCUGCUCCGGCCGCCUGCCCUCCCGGGGCCGCCCCGAUGAGCUCGUACUUCGUGAACCCGCUGUACUCCAAGUACAAGGCGGCGGCUGCGGCGGCCGCCGCGGCGGGCGAGACCAUCAAUCCCACUUACUACGACUGUCACUUCACGCCGGAGGUCGGCGGCCGCCACGCCGCCGCUGCAGCCGCCGCAGCAGCCGCCGCCCUGCAGCUCUAUGGCAACAGCGCAGCCGGCUUCCCGCACGCGCUCCCGCAGGCGCACGCGCACCCGCAUCCGUCGCCACCACCCGCCCGGCCCGGUUGCGGCGGCGGGGGCGUCCCGGGCCCCGGCCAGGACUACUUCCACCACGGAGGGGGCAUCCCGGCCGCAGCCUACCAGGCCGUCCCCCCGCCUUCUCGGCAUCCUACGCCUCCGCCGCCGCCUCCCCCCUGCGGCGGGAUUGCCUGUCAGGGGGAGCCAGCGAAGUUUUACGGAUACGAUAACUUACAGAGACAGCCGAUUUUUACGACCCAGCAAGAGGCCGAGCUGGUACAAUAUCCUGACUGUAAAUCGUCCAGUGGUAAUAUUGGCGAGGACCCAGACCACUUAAAUCAGAACUCGUCUCCUUCUCAAAUGUUUCCCUGGAUGAGACCACAAGCUCCUGGUAGACGAAGAGGAAGACAAACCUACAGUCGUUUCCAAACCCUAGAAUUGGAAAAGGAAUUCCUCUUUAACCCUUAUCUGACCAGGAAGAGAAGAAUCGAAGUUUCUCACGCCCUAGCCCUGACAGAGAGACAGGUAAAAAUCUGGUUUCAGAACAGGAGAAUGAAAUGGAAAAAGGAGAACAACAAAGAAAAAUUCCCGGUUUCCCGGCAGGAAGCAAAGGAUGGGGAAACCAAAAAGGAAGCCCAAGAGUUGGAGGAAGACAGAGCUGAAGGCCCCACAAAUUAACUUCUACCUUUAAAAUUUUACCACAGACUAUUAAAACUAAUGAUCAACGUAUGCUGGUGGACACCAUUCAUUUUCUUUGUUGGAAAGGACCUUGCCUGUAUUUCAAGCUACCUUCAUGUCACUGCUCUUGAGUUUCUGCGCUUUGAGAGGGAUUUGGGUAUUAAAAAAAAGUUUCUAGUAUUGCGUAGAAGCAGCCCUUGAGCUGUCUAAUGUAAGGGUAAUUUGAUACUGAUCUUGUAGUAAUAUUUUUAUAAUUAUAGUUUUUAACGUCUGAGCUGGUGAUUUGCCUCAACAACAUAAACUUCCUAAUAAUUAGCACUAAAUAAUUGAAUAUAAAAUGCUUUAUUAAACAAGUGCACUUGAACAUUUCAAAUCUUUAUGGUGAGUAAAUUAAAAGAAGUCUAUUAAUUUUUUAAAAAAUUAUGCCUGCAGAAUAUUUACUUUAUAUUUGAUUAAAAUGUAUUAUUUAUGUUUUUUUCGUUCUGCUUUUAUAAUGAAUGGUUCGGGUGCCUUUUGUUUACUCCUUAAAGGUUUCUUUGAGUAUUUUGUAAAUGUAACAUCUCUGGGAAAAGUCUGGGCCAAAUAUUCAAAAAGCACAUGUUAGCUGAAGGGUGUAAUGUGUAGUCCUGGCUCUACAGCUUCUUUAAACUUGGGGAAAAUGUUGGGCCAGUGACAAAAAUUUCAGGAAAAUGUCAAAGUUGACAUUUAAUAAUUUUUCUAUAGUCUACACAAAUUAUGGCAAGUUAAUCAUUUAGAAUGAAUGAAUACUUGAAAAGCCUAUUAUAACAUUUUCAUUCAUUAACUUUUCACUCUGGCCAGUCGCCUUAUGGAAUGCCUCUCGUUUCUCAACUUGCUUUCAUUUUGAAACGCGCUUGAUAUCUCCUGAAAUCUCUAGGUCUCUAUUCUGUGGCCUCCACUGUGAUUCUGUUUUUUUUGACUAGAUGCCAUAUUUAUUUGUAUUCCCUUUGCUCUGUUUGCACGUCCAUCUUGAACCAACUUGCUUACGCGUCUCAUAUGUCGGUUGGUACGUCCUUUGCUGUUCUCCUGGAUGGCCUCACCUAUUUGAAACAAAUCCCGAGACCAUGCAGAAAAAUCUGAGUGUAAACAACCGCUCCAGAACAUAGCUAGCUCCUUAAUAAAUAAAUGAAUUUUUUUUC